GUCAAAGUAUUCUGUUAUGAACACCCUUAGUUUGUACACUUUUGAUUUGAUUACUUUGUUGUUCUUGAUUGUUAUCAGGGAGCAUGGCUAUGGAGGUUCUGAAGAAGGUAACAUUUGACCCCAUUAAGCCUCAAGAUGUGUUGGAUAUUGCUGAAAUUCAAUUCCGUUUUGUGCAAACACCACAACACCGUUAUGCAUCACUUCUGAAAGCAUGGAAAACGGAAAUUUAUGACCCAAUUCGCAAUGAGAUGAAAAUUGACAUUCGGAUGAAUCUCAAGGCAAAGCGCGUUGAACUUAAGACCAUGCUCAACACCCCUGACAUAAGCAACCUUGACAAGUGUGCUAGUUUUGUUGAAGCUUUCAUGUUGGGUUUUGAUCCUGAUCAAGUCAGGGAUGUUUUUCUCAAGUAUGAUAGUUUUUAUAUGGAUACUGUUGAUAUGGAGGAGGAAAAGCGUACACUCAAAGGGGAUCACUUGAAUCAUGCCAUAGGAAGGAUUUGUGGGAAAGGUGGAAAAACUAAAUUUAUGAUUGAGAAUAAUGCUACUAAAACUAGGAUUGUGUUUGCUAGUAAAAAAAUUCACAUUGUAGAAUCAUGUGAUGCCAUUAAAAUUGCAAGGGACUCGGUGCGUAGGCUUAUUUUGGGUUCACCCGCUGGGAAGAUACAAUCAAUGCUUAAAACGAUAACUGCUCGUGCAUCAGAACGAUUUUAA